AUAGGCGCGGGCGGCGCGGCGGAGCCUGCGCGGAGCGGUCCCGCUCCCGGAAGUGCCCGGACCGCGCCGGGGCCGCCGGAGCCGCCGCCGCCGCCUGCGGGUCCCCGCGGCCGCCGACGGGCCGCCAUGGCGCUGGAGCCGGCGGAGGCGCGGGGGGCCUGGCCGGGCGGGGCCGAGGCCCGCGCCCGCUUCCGCGUCGCCCGCUUCAUCAUGGAGGCCGGCGUCAAGCUGGGGCUGGGCUCGGUGGCGCUGGCCACGGCCUGCGCCGCCUUCCACCGCUUCGCCCGCGCCGUGGGGCCGGCCGCGCCCCACGACCCCCACCUGGUGGCGGCCGCCGCCCUCUUCCUGGCCGCCAAGGCCCAGGGCACGCCCCUGCGCGCCCGCGACGUCCUCAACGUGGCCCACAGGUGCCUGCACCCCGGGCAGCCGCCCCCCGGGCUGGACGGGGGCUUCUGGGCGCUGCGGGACAGCCUGCUGCAGUGCGAGCUGCUGCUGCUGCGCGUGCUGCGCUUCCGCGUGCCCGCCGCCCACCCCCACAAGUACCUGGCGCAGUACCUGCUGGCGCUGGGGCGCUGGGGGCGCCGGGGGGGCUGGGGGCACCCGCGCGUGCCGGGGGUCUCGUGGGCGCUGCUGCGGGACGGGGCGGCGGGGGGGCUGGGGCUGCGGCACCCCCCCCAGCACCUGGCCGCCGCCGCCCUCCACCUCGCCCUGGCGCUCUGCGGCCGCCCGCCCCCCCCGGGGGCCCCCCCGCGCUGGUGGCAGGUGCUGAGCCCGGGGCUGGGCCCGGCCGAGCUCGAGGGGAUCGUGCGGGAGCUGCUGGGGCUCUACAGCCUCGACACCCAGGUGGGGGGCGGCGCCCCCCCCCGCGCCCCCCCGCCCCGCCCCCCGCCCGGACAGACGGACGGACGCGCACGGAGCCCCCCGGCGCCCCCCGCUCCUUCCGUGACGUGUUUAAUUGCCGCGCGGGGGGGGGGGGGGGGGGAGGGGCGCCUGCGCUCGGCCUGGCGCCGCCCCCCUCCCCCCCCCCCAAAUAAAUACAGACGUUACAUCAGAAUAAAUUAA